AUGUCCUCGUCGCUCUUCUUCGGCUACCCUCAGCUGGCCGUCAUCCCCAAUGCCGGCAUCCUCGGCCUGACUGCCUACUGCUUCUCGACCGUUGCCCCGCUCUGGGCGUUCGGCUGGCUCGGACCUCAGAUUCGACGCAUCUGCCCGGACGGCUUCACGCUGGCCGAGUACAUCCGACGCAGGUACGGCUGGCCUGUCGGCGUCCUUUCGGGACUCAUCUUUGUCGGCUUCAUGUUCUGCUUUAUGCUUGUUGAACUCAACACGUACGGAUCGACGGUCAACGUGCUCGGCGGCGUCAACCCGACCAUCGCGGCGCUCAUCGUGGCGCUCAGCACGACCAUCUACACCGCUUACGGCGGCUUCAAGGCGUCGCUCUACACGGACAACGUCAAUGCGGUCAUCAUCAUGAUCUUUGUCGUGAUCGCCUCGAUCGCGGUGGGUGUCAACCUCGACAUCGACCACGCGCGCGUCGAGUCGUCGGGCCUGCUCAAGCCGCAGCGACUCGGCGGCGAGCUGUGGUACAUCCUCACCGCCGCGCUCGUCUUCAGCCAGAUGUUCAACCAGGGCUUCUGGCAGCGCGCGUUUGCGUCCAAGAACAACAAGACGCUCUACCUCUCGGUCAUCUUUGCCACCGUGCCGCUGUUCGCCAUCUGCUUCAUCGUGGGCAUGGCAGGUCCGCUGGCGUGGUGGGCAGGCCUGUUCGACGGCCCUACCGCCGAGGACGACGGAUCGCUCACGUUCUUCUACAUCAUCAACACGCUGCCCAACUGGGUGACGGGCAUCGUGAUCGUGCUCGCCGGCUGCCUCAGUUCGUCGGCGUACGAUACGUUCCAGUCGGCGCAGAUCUCGACGAUCCAGAACGACGUCUUCCUCGGCCGCGUCAACAUCUGGUGGUGCCGUGCGAUCCUGGUGCUGAUCAAUGUGCCGUCGGUGGUGCUGGCGGUCAAGAACAUUGACAUCCUCGAGGUGUUCCUCGUGGCCGAUCUUGCGGCCAUUGCUUGCAUUCCGGCGUUCCUGCUCGGUCUGGUGCCGCAACUCUACUUCCUCAACGGCGUCGAUGCGGUGGGUGGCGCCGUGGGCGGCUUCUUGACGGUCUUCUUGUUCGGUACAGCCUUCUACGGCAGUGCCGAGGAGGGCAUCAAGCUGCUGGGCCUGCCCAACGGCCUGUACAUCGACGACUUCAGCGUGCUCGGCGCGUUCUUCGCCGCACCGCUCGGCAGUCUGGGCUGGACGUUUGCCACGUUCGGCAUGCGCGCUGCCGCCACGUGGGCCUACUGCCGCUACACGGGCCGCGACUUCAACGUGUUCGAGUACCGCGAGUUCGACGUGACCAAGUGGGCGCUCCCCGAGGACAGGCCGGCGGACUUCCACGGCGUGCACGGCUCGGGCAAUCCCAACGACGGCCACAAGCUCGAAGACCCCGCCGUGCUCCCGGAAGGCGCCAAGCUGAAGCGAUACGGCUCGGAGGCCUCCACCAACUAA